GCUAUUGGACCCAUUUCUCCCUAAAGAAGACAUAUGCCCUAACCCCAUUUUGCCGGCUAUUAUUCUCCUUCCUUCCAUUCUCUUCAUAAACCUCACUCCCUCUCUCUCUUCAGUCUCCACCACCAUUACCACCGCCACAUCCUCCGCCGCCGCCGCCAUGGACCCUAAUUUAGAAGAUCUCACCGAUGAUCUUGACAAUUUAAGUAUCAUCUCCACCACUACUAACGCCACCACCACCACCACCACAACAACAACUACAACUGCUCAUGAAACUAAGCAUAGUACAAGUUCAGGGUCUGAAGCCACGUGGACAAGCUCGAACCACUCAUCAACUUCCUCAAAGGCUCACCACCCGCCGCCGUGCGAUCCAUGUUGGCAUGCAAUUCGGGAUAAUUCAGCCCUAACCCUAGCUGAUCUCCGAUUCGUUCACAGGCUAGGAAGUGGUGACAUAGGGAGUGUAUAUCUCGUAGAGCUUAAGGGUGGUAAUGGGUGUCUGUUUGCUGCUAAGGUAAUGGACAAGAAAGAAAUGGCUAGUAGAAAUAAAGAAACUAGGGCAACCAUUGAAAGAGAAAUUUUGGAAAUUUUGGAUCAUCCUUUUUUACCUAGCUUGUAUGCCACGUUAGAUUCUCCUAGAUGGUCUUGUUUGUUAACGGAGUUUUGUCCCGGCGGUGACCUCCAUGUUAUCCGCCAGAGGCAACCCGGGAAACGUUUUGACGAAGCGGCCGUCCGAUUCUAUGCAUCUGAAGUAGUGGCUGCCUUGGAGUAUCUGCAUAUGAUGGGAAUUAUUUAUCGAGACCUUAAGCCUGAAAAUGUUCUUGUAAGAUCAGACGGUCACAUAAUGCUUACAGAUUUUGAUCUCUCCUUAAAGGAUGAUAAUUCAACAUCAAUGGCUCAGAUUAUUUCUCAUCAAAACCAACCAACCAUUAACUCUAAACACGAGUACCCUCCUGAGCCACCCCAAUCCGCCAUAUCAUCAUGCAUUAUACCCAAUUGCAUAGUGCCAGCCGUCUCAUGUUUCCACCCGAUACGCAGGCGUAAGCGGAAAUCCAAUCAGCGCGGGACCCUUGAGAUCGUGGCUGAGCCAAUAGAAGUUCGGUCCAUGUCAUUUGUGGGGACACACGAAUACUUGGCACCGGAGAUUGUAGCCGGUGAGGGACACGGCAAUGCGGUGGAUUGGUGGACUUUAGGCAUAUUCAUGUUUGAAAUGUGUUAUGGUGUGACCCCAUUUAAAGGGGUUGACCAUGAGUUAACCCUAGCUAACAUUGUGGCUCGAGCGCUCGAGUUCCCGAAGGAGCCAUCGGUGGGUGUAUCGGCUAAAGAAUUGAUCACACAACUUCUGAUUAAGGAUCCAACGAGACGAUUGGGGUCUAUGAUGGGUGCAACUGCAAUCAAACACCAUCAAUUUUUUAAUGGGAUUAAUUGGGCAUUAUUAAGAUGUACAACACCACCUUAUGUUCCUCGAGCAAUGACUCGUUCCAACUUUAGAAAAGAAGAUAAUAGUAAUAAUUCAGUAGAAUAUUACUAAUAAACAUGAAAAUUCUUUUAUUAUUUU